GCAAGGCCGACCAGGUCCGCUGGGAUCCUUGUCCCUGGCGGAGGUGUCGAUUCUUUCAGUGAACUCAGGAGACCCUGUCUGCUGGUCGUCUGUCAAACACGACAUUCCGGCGGUUCUGCAGUAAUUCCCUUCUUCUCGAUCAGUCACGUGCAGUCGAAUGCUGUUGUAGCUUCUUCUGUGCAUGGUCAUGUAGUCGUAUUGGUCUCGCUUAUCUGCUGGACAUAUGCAGUAGUCUGGGUACCAACAGCACGUUGUUUUGUUCCCCCGCUGCACCUGCUCCGUUGUCCGAAACAGAUAGACCAAUGCUAAACCUAUGCGGCCCAGCGUCUGUUCAUAAGAUGGCUCAGUUAGAGCGGGAAGCAGUCGCUUUCGGAGACUUGGAUCAAACAUUUUCUCUUUGAAUUGAAGACGAGCUUUUUUUGUUGAACUAGAAGGUCUCUGGUGCAGUGGUAGAACGCCAAAGUUGGACUAGGAUUUGGAAGAGAGCGAGUCAAGCUAGCGAUGUGUGAGCAAGGGACAAUGUUCAGUCAUAGGCGAUGGAGUCAUGGCUUCCGGAGUUUCCGUUCUGAACUUCUAGAUUUUGUUGUUUCGCUACUACUGCUCCUGUUAUGUUUAUCCGCACACAAUGGAUGUUCGGCGAGUCCGAUUCAAAUCGAGAACACAGAUUGGCAGAGCCAUGACCUCUACAGCCGCAGAGUACAUGACAACUGCCCGGAUCAGCCCAGCUACUGUCCGCCACGUCAAGCAAAUGUCACAGUGCACAGGAUCAACGAGACAGCGGUGCGAUUAACGUGGAUAUACGUGCCCGGAGCCAGUCCACUGCAGAUCGGAGUUGUCGCUAACAUUGAACUAAGACUCACAAGCAUAUACGAAGGUGCCAUAGACAUCGCCAUACCAGCUUCCCGUACUGCGUACACGGUUACAUCUCUCAUACCGGGUGUCAACUAUCGCCUGCAAACAUCUACAUUCAAUAGCAAUGGAGAAACCAUCAGUGAAGACAUACAGCUUGAAUCUCCAGAAUACUUGGAGUCUGAAUGUGUCAGAAUGACAGCUGGUCAGGAGUGUGUUGCAUCCGGUGGUAAUGCCCUGUUCAAAUGUUCAGCAAGAGGAGGUCCACUCUUGGGUGUAGAGUGGCCAGCAGUGCCCAGUGCAGUCAUCCGCCAGCAGCCAGUUACAGGUGGUCAGAACCUGUAUAUCGACAUACGCAACGUUAGCAUUGCCGAUAAUGGUCGUACGUACUGUUUGACAUCGACAACUCCAAACAAACGACAGCGAGCAUGCUUCACGCUGUGUGUAAGAGAACGCAUUCAGAUCAGCUGCCGGAAAACCAGACCCUGCGCUCGUCGCCAUGACUACCACCAAUCGCUGACACUCAGCUGCACAGUGAGCGGACAACCUACACCCAAUGUCACGUGGCGUUUCAACGGGCGCGUGAUCACCAGCAGAGAGUCACGUGGCAAUGAGUGGCACCUGCUGAACACAAGACCGGGACGUCUAACACAGCUGGACGGCGAGUUCGCACCGCAAUCUCCGUCGUUCAGCACCGCCUGAGGACGGAGUUGACGCAUCAUGACUAUCACACAGGAACAGUGCUAGUGUCUGCAAACAAUGGAUUUGAAAAAGCCAAGGUCGUACAGGACAUCAUCAUCACGUGGAACCCAAGUGAGGUGGUCCAGGUGGUGAAGAUGACGCCUACAAUAGAACUGGAUGACCCGUUCCACAUCCGUUGCAAGAGCUUCAUAGGCCUGUCGGAUCAGCACUUUUCCUGGUAUUUCACACCGGCUGGAUCGAAAACCAAGACGAGAAUUAAUCCCGGUGCAUUUCGUACGUAUCAGAUUUUCACUUGUUUCUUGAAACUGGAGUUUUUCUUUACGGAAAUGUUCUUACUUAGUCAUGUGACUUUGUUGCUGCGUGAUGACAUGAACGACCCAGAGUUUGUUGCCAGCAUAGUCGCUAUGGUCUUGGCUAUUGUCGUUACCAUCGUUGUCUACUUAGCGGUAAGCACACAAAUGCCCCAAUGUCCCGUGCUACUGCAUUUUGUGUGUAUAUAUGCAAGAAAGUCUACAGAUACUGGAACCUGCCGUUGGACGGCCUUUUUAUCCUCUGUUUAAAAAAUUAUCCCUUUCAAGACUUGGAUUUGAUCAGCAUUGAUAAAUUGAACUUCUGAUCAGUGGUAACACCGGGAUU